ACGGAGUUGUGGCGGUGUUGGUGAGCCACACUUUUGUGGAGCCUUGGUCUAUGACUGGAGACUUUACGGAUCUGCCAAGAAGGUUGUUUCCUUACGAGUUCGUCAGGGUCGUCGGAAACAAAGUAAUACAGUUCAACUCUUUUUGGUUUGAUCUUGAGAAGCGCAUUCCACUAUCGGGCUAUGCCCUUGAUAAUACCAUCGUUCUAUUAGUUGAAAAUUCUACUGUCCUCCCGGAGCACGGAUUUUAUUUCGCAUAGCCUUACAGUUAGUUGUUGGCUCACUUAGUCCCUCACUUCGAGUCUAAUCGAAUCUCUCUGACCCAGGUGCUCACGCGAAGCUCGGCCCACUUGUUAACGUCAUUGGGCAGGAAAGAAAGUUCCUAACAGCCUACCCUAGCAAAAUCAUCUGGACCUCACCGUCGCGAAGGGAAGCAAAAAUUUCGAAAAAGGGCACAUACAUGCACUCAACCACCACCGCGACAGGGGCUUGGCUGAUUCUGGCCAACACCGUCUUAAGUCGCGAUGGAUAUCUACGCCGUCAAACCGGCGUGCAACGGCACAGCGGCAACAGAUCCCGGCGCGAGGGACAUUGAGGUGCAGGCUGCCAUCUCAAUCUCGCUGGGUGUAUCGGCCUUUCUCGCCUUCUGCUUUCUUCGAAGCAGGUGGAAAAGUCUCUACGCUGCACGUAAAUGCCAUCUCGAGCCUCACCUCGGUCUCCCGGCCCUGCCCGACUCCUUUUUCGGAUGGAUACCCGUUCUACAUGGGAUCGAUGAGCAACUAGUGCUGGAUGCCGGCGGGCUGGACGCAUAUGUGUUCCUAUCGUUCUUCCGAAUGUCCAUGCGAAUCUUUGCCGUCCUCCUCUGUUUUGCGGCCGUAAUUCUAGCACCAAUUCACGUCCUCUACGAAGUCGACAAGGAUAGAGACAAACCAGACAAGUCCGACGGCGAUAAGCUACCCCAGUGGAACCCUGACAAGGCUUACCUCUGGGCGUACCUAGUAUUUACCUACUUCUUCACCUACCUGGUCAUCCGAUUCCUUAGGUCCGAGACCGUCAAGAUCGUCGCUAUUCGCCAGAAAUACCUAGGUAGUCAAUCCACUAUCACGGACCGCACAUUCCGGCUCACCGAAAUACCUUUCAAAUAUCGUACUUCGAAAAAGGUCAAGGAACUGGUGGAAUCAUUGCAUAUCGGCCAUGUCAGGGGUGUAAAGCUUUGUCGGCAAUGGGGACCGCUCGAUAAGCUUAUGGAGCAAAGAGAGCCCUUAUUGCGGAAGCUCGAGUCGGCUUGGGCAAAGUUCCUUGAAAAUUCUCCUCAUGAGUCUCCGGAACACAGAGUCUACCAUCAGGGCGCGAGCGGCUCUGGUGGCAAUCAGAAUGGCUACGAUCCCGAGGCUGCUAUGGCCUCUGGAAAUAAUGGCGAAAACAGUCCCCUGCUUGGCGAGGAUUCUGGUGCAUAUCGGUACACGGAGCGCGAGGGGCGCCCAUUGGUCCGUCUCUGGUUCGGCUGGCUCGGACUCCAGACUCGCAAGGUUGACGCCAUCGACUAUUACGAAGAGAAACUGAGGAAGCUUGACGAGGAGAUCAGGAAGGCCCGCAAAGAAUUCUACAUCCCUACUGACAUCGCCUUUGUGACUAUGGACUCGGUUGAUGCCUGUCAAAUGGCCAUCCAGACCCUCAUCGACCCGAGGCCCGGCCGGCUGCUAACUAAGCCGGCGCCGGCGCCCAGGGAUGUUGUCUGGCGCAACACAUAUGCAUCCAAGAUGUCGCGCAGGUAUCACUCAUGGACCAUCACAUUCUUCAUCGCUACUCUCUCCAUUUUUUGGUUGAUCCCUGUCGGAUCAAUCGCCUCUCUUCUCAGCUUCUGCACCGUUAACGAAUGGUCGCCCGAGCUGUCCGAGUGGCUUGCGCAGCAUAAGAACAUCAAGGUACUUGUUCAGACUGGGCUUCCCACCCUCGUUGUGUCAAUACUCAACGUGUCAGUGCCUUAUCUCUACGAGUGGCUCUCUCACAAGCAGGGUCUCGUGAGCCGGGAUGAUGUCGAGCUUUCCAUCAUCUCAAAGAACUUCUUUUUCAACUUCUUCAACAUUUUUGUCAUUUUUACCUCAUUUCGCACAGCUACAAACAUGUGGGAUGUCCUGCAAAAGGACAUGCGGGACAUCACCCGGUUCACAACGGAACUCGCCAGGGGUAUCGAGUCUUUGAGCAACUUUUACAUCAACUUCAUCAUGCUUCAGGGUUUCGGCCUCUUCCCUUUCCGUCUUCUCGAAUUUGGAUCGGUUUUCACAUACCCAUGGUACAAGUGGUUUGCUCGCACACCACGCGAACGUGCAGAGCUCAACAAGCCUCCCAUCUUUAGUUACGGCUUCUACCUGCCGACCGCUCUGCUCGUCUUUAUCCUCUGCAUCGUUUACAGUGUACUUCCCAGGGGCUACUUGGUCUUGCUGUUGGGCCUUGUUUACUUUACCCUGGGCUACUACACCUAUAAGUACCAACUUCUGUACGCCAUGGAGGCGCCGACGCACGCGACCGGUGGUGCAUGGCGCAUCAUCACACAUCGCGUCAUUUUUGGCCUGAUCGUCUUUCAGCUUGUCAUGACGGGCAUCCUGGCGUUGCGGACCGCAUUCGUCGCAGCGGUGCUCAUUCUACCGCUCAUUAUAAUGACUUGCUCGUACAGCUACAACUUCCGACGUGUCUUUGAGCCGCUGACCAAGUACAUAUCGCUGCGGAGCCUGCCGCAUCCGGUGCGCAGGCCUGACGGCACUCUCGAGGCUGAUGAGAGCCCGUUCGAUCCGGAAAAUGAGGUGGACCCAGAGGAGAUUGACGAGACCAUCAGACUUGUUCGUAGGAGGAGCACGGUUGACGAGGAUCGUGAGAAAGGGUUGCGGUUUGUCAACCCAAGCAUGGCUAUCCCACUCGAGCAGCCUUGGAUCCACCGCGACCCGCCACCUGUUACUGCCGAGCCUGGCCUGCCCGAUCAGGAGUCGGAUUACGAUGGCGAGGAUGACUUCUUAAAGUUCCACAUGGAAAGGGAGGCACGUCGGUGGCGGCCGUUCCGAGAGAGAGCGCCUAGUGAUUCGAGCGAUCUUGGCCUACGACCUGUGCGCAACGGAAGAAACGCCGACUGAUUCGACAUGAUUGUCGAUUGGUGAACGAAGUUGAAUACAGCCCAACCAACAUACAGGAAAGCACAUGAUCAUGACUGGAUUUGCGUGCGGGCAUUUUGUUUCCUGAUUUGGUCAUUAUCACUUUUCUGUUCUUUGACCUCCAAAUCUGCAGGUCGUGCAUUGCAUGAUAAACCCGCAUCGGCAACGGCGUUUGGCGGGACGGAAUAUGCUUUUUUUUUGUGUUUUUGCAAUUAUUUUCUACGCACAAAGACACAAUCGCAUGGCACGGAGUUCAAGGGAUCGUACGAUUUUUUUUAUUCAUUCUACUGGUGGGAUUUCUUCUGUUUCUCAAUCUCUUCUGCUUUCUAUCUCAAACAGAUCUGCACGGAUUCCAAGCCGGAACCUUGGUGCUUGAUGGCGGAAGAAGCCGACUGAAGGAUGACAACUUGCAGAUCUACAUCAAUUGUUUCUUUCGAGGACAAAUGGUCGCGGAUCACCAUAACCUCAUAUUGACCUUCUUGGCAAUGAGGCAUUGCGGAUCGCACUAGGAUUUCUUUUGCACUUUUGCAUUCAGAGUUGGGGGGAAACCAACAGAGUUUUUCUGCCCCUUAAUUGUAACCAAGUGCCGCACAGACCGAAGACGGAAUGCACGAGCUGUGGUCUGAAUCAUCAUUGUAAAAAGUCGGGUCAUAUACACAGAUAUAUGUAUGUCCUCUACCCGUCUGUGUAGUAGGAAUUAAUCCGUCACAGGUUGCAUAUGAUGAUUUAAUCGCAAAGUUGAAUGAGUGCGUUGGCUUGGCCUAUAGGCCACAAGUGAACCUAAAAUGGCGCAAUACUGCCUGCCGGAAAGCACGUGUUGUUAGGCGCUUUGAAUGUCAGCUAAAAAACGCCCCUCAUCGCAAAUCCUCACGAGCCCUUUUGGUACGAGCAG